AUGUCUCGAUUAAAACUUGGAGGUUCGUCGCGUGACCAAGGCACGGGACAAACACCUGAGAAGGGUCCAAAUCUCGACCGACGUGGUGAGGCGCCGCCUCCCAACAAGGAGCGGCUAUGGCCAACUCCUGGGGCGUAUAAAAGCGUCUCGCACCUCGUUGAGGAGAUUUUUAGAACAGAUCGGGCACUCGACAAGCACCAGAAGAUGGUCGACCACCUGUCCAAGCGUCAGGCAUUGCUGACGCAGAUUCAGGCCACUCGUGAGCCUUUGCCCGACAGCGAGGAUGAGAAGAUUGGUAAGUAG